CAACAUUGCAGACAGACCAUUGCCAUAGAGACCUACGCUUGUCGUCGUUCGUCGUUGGUCGAUGGAUGUGUUGCUGCGCGUUUUGCCGUGGUGGCCGCUUCGUCAUGUAACAGCAGCAGCACAGACAAGUUACAGCUCGAUUGAGAAAAAGCAAAAGAUUUGUGAUUCGCAGUGAGAAGUCAAGACUAAAGGCAAAUUUGCACCACCUGUUGGAUGCUGUUUCCGGACUAAUUUUAAUGAAGGUCGUUCAGUGAGUUUGACAAAUGCUGCACUGAAUUUCUGCCCCACAAAUGCAUUCCUCAAUAAGGCUUCGCAUGAUAUCAGCUACCCUUGUUUUGCCAGCCGAACAAUAAACCAUCGCAGAUAACAAACCCGAGAGGUUUCCCCUAGGAUGGCCGCCGCAGAUAUUGUCCACGUAUCUUCCUCCACAUUCGGUUCCGGACUGCAGCCACCGGUUCUGGUGCCGGUAACGACCGAAGGGAAAGAAUUGAAUGGAAUCGUGUUCGAAUCGUUCAGCCAUACCGGAAUAUUGCUGAAAGGGCUGAACGAACUGCGGCUGAAGGCGGUGCUGGUGGAUGUGACGCUGCGAACCGAUGGGAAACUUUUCCAGGCCCAUCGCGCUGUCCUAUCGGCAUGCAGCGAAUACUUCCGCGCCAUGUUCUCCGAUCACACACGAGAAUCUCGCCUGAGCGAGAUCAAUCUGCAGAACAUAACUCCGUUGGGUAUGGAACUGCUGCUGGACUACAUAUACACUGCCAAAUUGCCAUUGAACCUCGCGAACAUCCAGGAGGUGCUUGCUGCGGCCAGUUACAUCCAACUGGAGGCCGUUGUCGAGGCCUGCCUGAACUAUCUGGAUCAGCAGCUCGAUCUCGAUAACUACAUAGACGUACUCAUCAUAUCCGAAAUGUACUCGCUGAAACGGCUGAACCACAAAGUGUACCGCUUUAUCUGCCAUCAUUUGAACGUGAUUUCAAAAUCACAGGAAUUCUUUAGGUUAAGUGAAAGACAAAUUGAGCUGAUUCUGGCCGGGGACUACCCAGUUACCUGUACGGAAAUCGAAGUUCUAGGGAUUUUGUUACGCUGGAUACAAGUGAACUGUGACACACCGCCGGCUUUAGGGGAAGCAGAGAGUUUUACCGUGGCUAAUUACAAACAGCUCAUACGUAGCAGCAUUCGCUUUACUGAUAUCUCCUUGCAGGAACUGUACAACUUGCUUUGUUCAGAGGAGUUUCAGUUUCGAUGGAUCGACAGAUACGAACUUUACGAUUUUAUCAUGAAAAUUGGCGACCUACAGUGUAUCAAGUAUAAAAUAUCACCGCUGAACAAAAUCCAGAACUAUCGCGGGCUGGAGCUGGCCAUAAUCAAAAUCGGUGGCUUUGAUCUGUCUGGAAUCACCAAUGAAAUUACCUACAGUUUUCCCGGAGACAGUAGCGGUCAGGGACAGUCCACGUUGGGAAAGAUUAAAUUGAGUAGAAAUCAAUCCCUUGGAGAGCAUAGCGGUACAUCCGCAAGCUCGAAUGAUCGUGCCCAAUGUGAUGAGCGGAAACGCAAAAAUUUUAAACUAAAUGGAAAAUGGCGAUAUCUCACGACUAUCCCUCACAUCAAACAAAGUAAUUUUGGGGUAGUUGUUCUUAACAAUCAUCUGUAUGUCAUCGGUGGGUGUUAUGAUAUUUCGCUUGAAGAAUAUAUUCACCCAUUUGGAUUUCGAUACUGUCCUAUCAAGAACAAAUGGGAAACGAUUGCUCCGCUUCAGCAGGACCGUUGUCGGUUUUCUCUUAACGUUGUUGGGCAUAGCCUGAUUGCGGUUGGCGGUAACAGCGAAAUGGAUGACGAUGGAGACCGAUCGGUAUCAACCUGCGAGCAGUACGAUCCGGUGGCUGAUAAAUGGAACUACAUUGAAUCGUUGCCCGAAUAUCGAACCCAGCACGCGGGGGCUGCCUUUGGGGCGACGCUGUAUAUCACCGGUGGCCUUGACUUGUAUGGCGGUGUGUUAAGCUCACUUUGGAGCUAUUACAGCUUCAACGAAAAAUGGGAAAAAUUACCAAACAUGCUCAGCCCAAGAGCUGAUCAUACAAUGUUCACUAUCAAUCGAAAGCUCUACAUCUGCGGGGGUUGGUAUGAAGUCAACGGCCAACGCGUGUUAGCAGAUACCAUCGAUUCUUACGACUUGCUAAGCAAAACACCUUCUUGGCAUCAAGUCACCAAAAUACCUACGCCCAAGUAUCACGCCGGGAUCGUAGCAGUGCAGGACCGAAUCUAUAUCAUUGGAGGGUUCUGUUCAGACGAUAUUUUUCGCCAUACCGCAGCCAGUGUUGAAUGCUACGAUGUUUCUGAGGACCGAUGGCAUAGUUUGAAAAAAUAUCCCAAAAACAUUUGGGAGCACACUUGCGCGAAUUUGUACAUUCCAAAGUAUCGAGACGAUAUGGAAGUAAUUGAUGACAACGAGGAUGAUGAUGACGAAGACAAUGACGAAGAAGCAGAGGAUAGUGAUGCUGCUAGUAGUACUGCCAUUUAAAACUGAUUAAUUGUAUCGCUCUCUAGCCGCUGCGACGGCCAUUCGAUCUAAGUUGUAUUUAUUUAUUAUUAAAUAUUAAAUUGUUA